GGAGGAGGAGGAAGAAGGGGAGGCGGCGCCGCGGAGCCAUGGCGGCGGCCGCGGGCCCGUUCAGCCUGAGGGAGGUUCUGGACGCCUUCCGGAGGUGCGUGACGGAGCAGCGGGAGGUGCUGCUGGAGCCCUACCUGAGCGGCUGGCGGGGGCUCAUCCGCUUCCUGCAGAGCCUGGGCGCCGUCUUCUCCUUCAUCUCCAAGGACGCCGUGGCCAAGGUGGCUCUGCUGGAGGGUCACCGGCAGCAGCACGGCUUCGUGUCGCUGCAGUCGCUGGUGCAGCACGAGCUGGCGGCGGGGCCGGCGGCGCUGCGGGCCCGGCCCGACUCCGGCUGCCGCACGGUGCUGCGGCUGCACCGCGCCCUGCGCUGGCUGCAGCUCUUCCUCGAGGGGCUGCGCUCCGGGGAGCCGCGCACCUCCGUGCUCUGCACCGACGCCUACAACGCCUCGCUGGCCGAGCACCACCCCUGGGUGGUUCGCAAGGCGGCCACGGUGGCGUUCUGCACGCUGCCCUCCCGGGAUGCCUUCCUGGAGAUCAUGAACGUGGGCUCGGCCGAGGAGGCUGUGGCCAUGCUGGGGGAGGCCAUCCCCUACAUCGGCGAUGUGUACGGCAUCACCCAGGAGCUCUUCGCUCAGCACAAGCUGCUCGACCUGCCCUGACGGGUGGCAAAGACACUUUUGCACAAGCCUCUGGUUCUCUGUCCGUGGUUAUUUCCACUUUUUCUUUCCAGCCUGGAGAUGGAAAGUUGGCCAAGCUAUUCCACUUUAUAAACAUGGACCGGUUCUUUUUUUUUUACAUCCCUCAGUUCUUUUCUUACAUCUCUAGAGUUAGAAAAAAAUUCCACGUUAGGUUGGGCUGCUAAGGGAUUUAUUUUUUUCUAUUCCUAGCCUACAGCAUCACCCAGGAGCUCUUUGCUCAGCACAAGCUGCUCGACCUCCCUGGUGGGUGACAAUGACAUUUUUGCACAAGCACAACCCUCUGGUUCUCUGUGUGUGCUUAUUUCCACUUUUUCUUUCCAGCCUGGAGCUGAUGGCCAAGUUAUUCCACUUUAUAAACAUGGAAUAGGAGUUUUUUUACACUUUUUUUUUUUACAUCUGCCAGUUCUUUUUUUACAUCUCUAGAGUUAGAAAAAAAUCCACAUUAAAAGGUGCUGUGUAGAAUUAGAAAAAUAAUUCCACAUUAGGAUGAGCUGCUAUGGGAUUGAUUUUUUGUUUUAUUCCCAGCCAAGCUGGAGAAGGUUUUUUAUUCUCAAGCCCAACUCCAGCAGCUUCUGUGCAUUUCCAGCAAUAUUUGUGGCCUUGUGUGGCAGCACAAAUUGGAGCUGUGGUGUCUGAACUCAUUUACACACUUUGGUUUGUACAAAAAUCCCACCUGGAGGAUUUAAUGCUGAGCAGUGCCCUGGGGAAAUGCCCUUUCCCUGUCAGUUUGGGGGUGGAUGGAGCAGAAAAGCAUUCCUGGAGCAGGAUCCCCCCAGCAGCACCUUCCCUCUGUGCCCCUUCCCUGUUAAAUGAAUGUUUUUUGCACUUGGGAUGUGCAGAAAUUUUAAUUUCUGCUGCACAAUCCCCUCUGUCCAGCCCAGCCUGGAGCUGUUUGCUUCCGAGUUGUGUUCUCGUGUGUUUCUUUUUUAUUUUUAUCAAUGUGUUCAAUGCCUACCAAAAGGAUUUUUCUGCCUCUCUGGGGAGGGAGAUCCACACUUGUACUGUGAAUCACUGCUUUGGGAGGUUUCUGCCUGCUCCUGGAAGAGCCAGAGGGAUCUGCUGAGCUUGGGGAGCCCUGCAGGGUUGGUCCAGGGUUGCAGGGGUGCUGCAGGCUGAUUGUCUCUCUGGAACAGUGACAAAUUCAGGAAAUCACUCUUACCUCAUGGAGACUGGACUCACUGGACAUUAAAUGAUGUGAAGAAUGUGCUUUUGAGGAGUGUCCUUUGUGGGAUCUCACCUGGGGCAGGAGCAACAUUUACAGAAAACCCACUCAGGUUUUACUUCACUGCAAAAAUCCGUUUCAUUUCCCUGGAGAUCAGCCCAGCUGAUACUCAGCUGUGCAGUGAAUUAAAUACCUUCAACUGAAUCAAAUAAUGUGUGUCAAGGGGAAAAAAAUGGUUUGGAUCUCUAGAAAUGAUGCAUGAGCACAAGGAAAAUGUUUCUUCUCCCUUGUCACACUCAUUCUAACUAUUUCUCUUCAGAGAUAAAUAUUCAUAUUUAUAAUUACCAUUGCUAAUAUUGAAGAUUAAUGUGCCCAAAAUUCAGGAUUGGGUUUAGAACUUAUUGUUAAAAGUUUUAUAGUUAAACUGACACUUAAAUAGUCCAGUAAAGGGAAAGGAUGCUUAAAAAAAAGUCAGUGUGAACAUACCUGGAAAACACAACUGCAGCUGGUUGUUCCUGUAUUCAGGUCUCUGCUUUUCUUCCUGAAAUGAAAAUAUUCCAGCCUUGGAGCAUCCCUUUGGCAGCAAAAGCAGUUUUCUGAUACAGAAAAUGCAGGAAAUUGAACUUUUCAUUCAGAGCUGUCCUAAAAUCCAACAAUAAAAUACAGCAAUAAAACCUAAAUCACCAUGCUGUGAACUCAGAUUUAAGAUUUAAACUGAAAUUAAUAUUCUAGUUCAGUUUCUAGAGGGGAAAAAAAAUUAGAUCAGCUAGUAAAAACUUCCUAAAAAAUAUCAGUAGAGCUGAGUGACAGCUCACCAAGCCUGAGACCCAGGAAUUUCCUCUCCAGGCAAAUCCUCAGGAAGAUUUGGUUGUUUCCAUGAUGAGGUGACCUCAAAUGUAAAAAUAAAGAAAUAAAAAUGAUUGCUGUGUAAAUCUUU